AUGGCCGCCAACCAGAGCUCAGAGUGGAGGACCGUGUGCGAGAAAUUUCGCCUGGCUCAGGAGCUCUCCGAUGUAGAGUCGAGAAAAGACCCUGAGAACAACCCAUUCCGGUCAAAAUACAAAGCUAGAGAUCUGUUGAAGGAAAUCCAUUGUUCAUUGAAAAAAAUUCAAAUCGAGGAGGAGGGCGAGGCUGACAACGAAGCAGACAGUGAGUCCAGGCAGACGGUGGAUAAAGAACCGGAGAAUGAAUGCGGGAAGUCGUGUUCCGGAGACUCUCCCGCCGGUCUGAGAGAGGCCAGGCUCGCGGUGGUGCAGUACUAUCUCGGCGUGAACCACAUAGAGACCGAGGAGCUGUCAGCUGGAGAGCAGCAUCUGAUGACCUGCAUGAAACUCAUCGACAAGUGCACAACAACACGGGAGAACGUCUCGCUGUUCAUUCAGGCCCGAAAUCAGCUCGGCAUUUUGUGGGCGGGAAGAGAUGAGGUCGAAAAAGCACAAGGAUUUCUGGAAAUCGCCGAAUCUAUGUAUUUGCUCUACAUGAGAGAGGAUGGUCAACCACCACUGGAUCUUCAAGACUUUUUUGUGGUAGAAGGAGAAGAAUUAUCCCAGCAAGAGAAGAUAAGAAGGUUUGAAAUGGCAUAUACGCACACACUGUAUUAUCUGGCUCAAGUGUAUAAGAAUCUGCAGCAGUAUGAGAGAGCUGGACAGUACUGUCACAGUACACUACAGAGACAGCUGGAGUACAAGCAGUUUGUGCCACUCGAGUGGGCCAUUAAUGCAGCCACACUGUCACAGUACUACAUCACCAAGACACGGUACAUGGAGGCUCGUCACUGUUUGGCUGCGGCUAGUGUAAUUGCUACUCUUGCAGGAGAAAUCCCUUCAGAAGCAGCUGCCAAAGAAAGUGAUGCUGAAUGUGAAAAACGUGAAGAGCUCCUGCAGAAGCGAGCCGAAAUUGCUAGAUGCUGGAUUAAAUAUUGCCUUAAUCUGAUGCAAGAUGCUAAAAAACUUCUUGAGGAUAAUAUCGGAGAACUAGACUUAGAUCGGCAGGAAGAACUGAAGAGGGCACGUCGGAAUGAAGAGGAAGAAAAAGAGAAGGGAAGAAAAAGCGCCAUCCUUUUUGGUUCAAGCGAUACCUUUGACUCCAUUUGCAGCCUGGAAGAGAGAGUAAGCAGCAUGCUUCCACUAGACUUUGAAGAAGCCCGUAGCAUCUUUCUGGUGGGUCAAAGCUACGUAGCCCAGGCCAAAGAGUAUUUCGCAAUAGAUGGGCACGUGACCGAUCACAUUGAGAUCUUGCAGGACCAUAGCGCUCUCUUCAAGGUCCUGGCCUUCUUUGAACAGGAUCUGGAACGCCGCUGCAAGAUGCACAAACGUCGCGUCGACAUGCUGGAGCCAAUCUGCAAGGAUUUGAAUGCUCAAUAUUAUUUGCUAAUCUGCCGACAGCUGCAGUUUGAACUUGCAGAAACCUAUUAUGAGAUGAUGGACCUGAAGUUGUCUGUAGCCGACAAGCAGGAUCAGCCCGAUGUGCACACCAUAAAGAAGUUUAACCACUUGUGUUCCUCCUCUAUGAAGUAUUAUCAGAUGUUCCUCGACUCCAUCCGUUCACCAGAGGGAAAGUUUCCUGAAAAGCUCGAGGAUGACCUGCUUAGGCCGGCGCUGGUGGCCAGAUUCCGUGUUGCCAGAUUACAGUCCAAGCUUAUUUCCAGUAACCCAGCCACCCAAAUGGAGAAUCUCAGCCACUCACUGGAGUCAUACAACUUUGUUGUGCAGUACUGUGAGGAGAACCCAGAAGCCAAGACGGCUGUUGAAACCGAGCUAGAGUUGAGCAUUGAGAUGGUCUCCCUGCUUCCUCUGAAGAUAAACAGAAUUAGAUCCAAUAUUGCCUCCUGCAACUAACGGGCUGUUGAAAACAUAAAUAAGAACACCUGACAAAUAUACACUACACCUUGUUCCUUGCCAGACCUAGAUAUAUCAAAUGAGCUUUAGGACCACAGUGUAAGAAACUCCUUCAACUGUAGAACCAUUUAUCACAAACUCUUGUGGACCGAUGUAACUGCAUGAUUUACAGUCACUAAUUUAUUUUCAGUGUGCAAUGUACAGUUGUAUUUAAUGCAGUAAAAUGUUUGUUUCAAAUUUUAUGACUGGUAUGUUUAGCAGGCCCAAGAUUUAACAUAUAACUGUAAUAACAUUAAAGCAUUUUAUGUCAAUAAACAUAAAAAAAAGCAUAAAUGCCAUUA